CGGUUAUGUUUUUUGUUAUUGGCGAGCGGUCCAGAAAUUUAAUUGUGUUUAAGAAAAAUAAUUAAAAUACUAAAUAAUUAAAGUUUUGUUUUCGCCCAGGAGUAGAACAGAGGAUUUACUAGCUUGUGCAUCAUCAUGAAGAUCAAGGAAUUGCAAAAGACAGUGAACAUUGCCUGGUCGCCGGCCAAGCACGAGCAAAUUCUUUUAGCUGCCGGCACAGCGGCUCAACAGUUUGAUUCCAAUGCCAGCUCAACACUCGAAGUCUAUUCACCCAAUUUUAGUGAUGCCACCUACGAACUGGAGCUAAAGGGCAGUGUGCCCAGUCAGUAUAAAUUCCAAAAGGUAAUUUGGAGUCCAACUGGUGGAUCGAAUGGUCUCAUUGUUGGCGGCUGUGAAGCUGGUCAUAUUAAUAUAUACUCAGCUGGAAAACUGCUGGCCAAUGAGGAGUCUCUGGUUGCACAACAGGAUAAGCACACCGGUGCUGUCAGUGGCUUGGAUUUUAAUCCCUUCCAAAAUAAUUUACUUGCCUCAUGUGCUUCCGAAUCGGAGAUUUAUAUUUGGGACCUAAACAACCCGGCUACGCAUAUGAACCCGGGGGCAAAGACCCAACCACUAGAGGAUGUGAAGAAUGUGGCGUGGAAUCGACAGGUGCAGCAUAUAUUAGCUUCGGUCUUUAGCUCACGUUGUGUUAUCUGGGAUUUGCGUAAAAGCCAACAAAUUAUUAAGCUCUCUGAUACCCAAUCUCGUGUCCGAUGGCAUGCCAUUGAAUGGCAUCCGGAGGCAGCUACCCAAGUCUGGUUGGCCUCCGAGGAUGAUCAGGCGCCGGUUGUACAGCUUUGGGAUCUACGUUAUGCCACAGCUCCGGCCAAGACAUAUCAGAUACACAAUCGUGGAGUUUUGGGCAUGUCGUGGUGCCUGCAGGAUCCCGAUUUAAUGGUAUCCUGUGGCAAGGAUAAUCAUAUCUAUUGCUGGAAUCCAAAUACUAAAAUACCAGAAGGAGAAAUCCUCUCCGAGGUGGCCACCACAGCAUCCUGGUACUCUGAUGUACAAUUCUGUCCCAGAAAUCCUGCUCUGGUUGCUAGUGCCAGCCUCGAGGGCUCUGUAUCGAUUUAUUCCUUGAACGGAGGAACUCAUCAUUUGGUUCAGACCUCCAAUAAAAUUGCCGACUCUUUUCCGGGCAUGGAUCAAUUUGCCCAAGAGCCAAUGCCUCAGCAGGCUACUCAAGUUGUCUAUCAUGAUCUCGUGCGUGCACCCAAAUGGAUGAAGCGACCAUGUGGCGUUGCCUUUGGGUUUGGUGGCAAACUGGUCAGUUUCAAUGGCACUUCGAAAUCCGUCACGAUUAGCCAACUGACCACUGAAACGACUCUGGUGGAGCGUGCCCAAGCCCUGGAACGUUCUCUAGCCGAUGCCAAUUAUGUGGAUUAUUGUCGCCAACGUGCAGAUGAUACAGCCGAUCAACAUGGUCGCUAUCUUUGGUACUUUAUCAAGGCUAAUUUUGAAUUGAAUCCCAAAGAGGAAAUGCUCAAUCUUUUGGGCUACAAUAAGGAUGACAUCGAUGUCAAGUUUAGCAAGUUUAUCAAGGAAAACGAAACCAAUUCUCAAUCUGAUGUGGACACUCUAACUACCCGCAUUUCCACAUUAACCCAUCAAACAUUGGAUAACAAUGCAAUAGAUGGCCAAAAUCACAAUGAUUUUGCCUCACUUUCCACGGUGAGACCACAAUUUAAAAUUCCAAGUGGUGAACAUGCCGAUAGUCUUAUAGCAGAGGCCAUACUGACAGGAAACACUGAAGCUGCUGUGGAAUUGUGUCUGGAAGCCCAACGUAUACCAGAGGCAUUGAUUAUAGCCUCAACUGCUGGUAUCGAAGUGCUAAACCGUACGCAAAGUCGUUAUCUAAUGCAACAGAAACAGAGUGAACUGUCGCAUGUGAUCUCCGCUUUGGUCACACGGGAUUGGUUGGAUUUCGUCAAUCGUUGCACCAUGGACUCGUGGAAGGAGGCUCUGGUGGCUGCCCUCAAGCAUAGUGAACGCAAACUGGUGGACAUUUGUGAGCGUCUGGGUGAUCGCUUGUUGAGCGAAUCGGGCAAUAGUUUGGAAUUCACACGGAAUGCCAUGUUGUGUUACAUUUGUGCCGGAAGUAUUGAUAAAUUGGUCAGUGCCUGGUAUCAAUUAAAACAAUUGGAGCAGAAAAAUCAGGGUUAUAAACUAAAUACCCAAGAACUUCAAGAUCUUGCCGAGGUGGUAAUGCUUAUGAGCAAAUCCCUGGAACAACAGGGUAUAGCUGUUGAUUUGGCUGGACGAUUUGCGGGUUUCAUAUCGGAAUAUGGUGGACUAUUGGCCUCGCAGGGAGCCUUGACUGCAGCUCUCCAGUACAUAACCACAUUGGGUAGCGGCAGCCAAGAUGAACAGUUGACCGGACUGAAGGAACGUCUGCAUAAUGCUGUCCACUCGGACUAUGGCAGUCAGGUGAAUCAAGUGAAUAGGCAGCAGCCAACUGCUGCAACUGGUUACCAACAACAGCCACGUGGUGGACGUGGUUCCUUCUCGCAGCCAACACCAUUCAAUCCAUACCAACCACCACAGCAGACACAACAACCAAGUUGGCCAGCUCCUGCUGCUCCUGUACAGGCCGCACCGGCAGCAGUUGCUCCACCACAAAUCUUUAAUCCGCAACCAAUUAAAGCUGAACCGGCUAUGGCUCAUCCCCCACGACCGCUCAGUAAUGCCAGUUCGUCGGGUGGACCGCCACCACAAGGUGGUGGACCAAGUGCACCCACUGGUCUGCAUGCUCGCUCUAAAUAUGUGCUAGAUCCUUCAGUAGCAGCUCCCGGUAGUUCAUAUGGCAUGGCUUAUAAUCCUAUGCCUGCACCGGUUCCAUCGGCGGUGCCCUUUACUGGAGCAGUUCCAACCAGUGCACCGAAUGUCUACAAUAGUCAGGCCUUCAACACAAAUCCCUUGGGAGGCAAUCAAUCGUAUAAUCCCACACCAUUUACUGGAUCCGCACCACAGCCUGGUAAUUAUCUGCCUGGUGUGGCGCCCAUUGACACAAUGCCAUCCGUUGCACCUGCCGUUGGUGCACCGCCUCCCAUGCAGAAUAUUCAACGUAAUCCUACACCACCACCCGGCUGGAACGAUCCACCUGCAUUAAAGUCCUCGAGAGUGCCCAAACCCAAACCUACAGUGGAGCCGACAGCUGCACCCAUUUUGCAUCCAAUAUUUGGUGUGGAUCCAAAUCAGAAUCAAAAUGGUUAUAACGAUCCAAAUGCUCAAUAUCAGCAGCAAGGACCACCACCAACGGGAGGAUUGAAUCAACCUUACUUCAAUCCAGCUGCCGUUAAUAAUAAUCCUUUACAACAGCAAUCACAAGGAUACCUGCAGCCACAGCAGCAGCAGCAACAAUUGCCCCCACAGCAACAACAGUGGCAACAGCAGCAGCAGCCGAUCCAGACAAUUGGCUACGCGGAACAGCCUUCAGCCAUACAACGUCAACCGGAAUUGCCCAAAGAGAAGCCACCACUGCCAGAGGAAUAUAUCUAUUUGCAAACAGUACUCGAAGAACUUAAGAAUCGUUGUCUCAGUGCCACCAAUGAUCCACGCACCAAACGCAAGUUUGUGGAUGUUGUGAAACGUUUAGAGAAUCUAUAUGAUUGCCUACGUGAUGGCAGGCUCACUCCCACAACGGUGCAAUAUUUGACUCAAAUAAUACAAUACAUUCAAAUAAAUGAUUAUGCCAACGCUUUGGAGAUCCAUACACGUAUUGCUUUUGGCACCGAUUUUGCUCAAUGUGCUGGCUUUAUGCAGGGAUUGAAAGUAUUGUUACAAUCGGCUUCCGAAUUGCAAUUGGUCUUGCGUUAAUGAGUAUAUCUUAUCCUAUCCUAUAUUAUAUAUAUAAAUAUAUAAUUCUUCUGUUCUGUUCUCUGUGUCUUAAA